CCACAGUAAUUGUCCAAUUCACAACGAUGACACACUGCCUAAUCGGACUAACGUUAGCUUUGCUGGCUUUGGGUUUAACCCAAGUUAAUGCCAAUGUAUUCCAACAAACAUUCAGGCAACUCCAUCAGGAGCCACCGUUGCCAGCGAAUCAGAAUCGUGCCGAUGUGGUGCAAACAUUGUGGAUCGAACAGAAGUUGGAUCACUUUAAUGAAUCCGACACUCGCAAUUGGCAAAUGCGCUACAUGCUAAACGAUGUGUUCUUCAAGUCUGGAGGUCCCAUGUUCAUUUUCCUGGGCGGCGAAUGGGAAAUUUCCCAAGGACGUAUAACCGGAGGACACAUGUACGACAUGGCCAGGGAGCACAAUGGACUUUUGGCCUAUACCGAGCAUCGUUAUUACGGCCAAAGUAAACCUCUGCCAGACUUGUCAAAUGAGAACAUACAAUAUUUGCAUGUGAAACAAGCCUUGGCAGAUUUGGCACACUUUAUAACAACUCAGAAGAAUACUUAUGAGGGAUUAAGCGAGUCCAAGGUUAUUAUUGUGGGCGGCUCCUACUCGGCCACGAUGGUCACUUGGUUCAAGAAGGUUUAUCCCGAUUUAGUGGCCGGGGGUUGGGCAUCCAGUGCACCACUUUUUGCCAAAAUCAACUUUGUUGAAUACAAGGAAAUUACUGGUCAGUCUAUUGCUUUAAUGGGCGGUUCUGGUUGUUAUAAACGCAUUGAGAAUGGAAUUGCCGAAAUGGAGACAAUGUUUGCCACCAAACGUGGUGCUGAGGUGAAGGCUCUUUUGAAACUCUGUGAGAAAUUUGAUGUCUAUAGCGAUUUGGAUAUCUGGACACUUUUCAGUGAGAUCUCCGACAUAUUUGCUGGCGUAGUACAAACCCACAAUGCUGGACAAAUUGAGAAAGUUUGCGAGACAAUGAUGGCCGAGAGCAGCGAUCUUAUUGGCCUCAGCAAAUAUCUAUUGAGUGUAUUUGCUAAAAGCGGUGGCAAGUGCUACGAUUUAAGUUAUGAUGCCAUACUUGCCACACUUUUGGAGUCUAGAUAUACGGGCAAUAUCAUGCGUCAAUGGAUCUAUCAGACCUGCAAUGAAUACGGUUGGUAUCAGACUUCGGGAUCUUCGGCUCAACCUUUUGGCACCAAGUUUCCCGUGGCACUUUAUACAACCAUGUGUGCCGAUAUUUAUGGCUCUCAGUAUAGCAAUUCAUUUAUUCAGAGCAAAGUGGAAGAAACAAAUAAAUACUUUGGGGGACUUACGCCAAAUGUGAAGAAUGUGUACUUAACUCAUGGACAUUUGGAUCCCUGGCGUGCAAUGGGCAUACAAAAUGAAACCCAAGCAACCAUUAUACCAGAGUAUGCGCAUUGCAAAGACUUUGAAUCGAUCAAAGACACUGACACUACCGAAAUGAAGGCUUCGAAGGAAAAAAUCGCGGAACUCGUACGCCAAUGGCUGAAGUAAAAUGUUCAUUUUGUGUUAUUCUUCUUAGCGAUAAAGGCAAUCUUAUAUUUGUUUUAUGACUGCAAUAAACGGAAGCAUUAGAAGGUUCAAUAAUUAA